ACGCAUGCAGUCACACUACACAGCCCCAGCCAGCACAGCACAGCUUCUGGCGAGACCGGAUCCUGCCGGGCGUGGAGAUAUAACAAGCAACGACCCCUCUCUGAGUUGGCAGCGCUAACGUUGUCCAGGUACAGCCUGAGGACAGCCUGAGGGCCAUGAGAGCCCCCAUAACGGUGUCGACAACACCUGGACCGGCAUUUCUAUCCAGAGUAUCCGUCGGCAUUCUUCUCCUCCUUACAUUCCUUACCACAGCCUCUGCCGCCUCCGCCAUCCCCGCGCUCUCCACCGCGUCGCUGCCUGAAGUUACACAGCAGCAACACGAGGAUGAAUACGAUCUUCAGCCACGCUCGACAAAACCCUUCCUCCUACGGGUAAUGCCGCUCGGUGCCUCGAUCACCGUCGGGUACAUGUCCAGUGAUGAGAAUGGUUACCGCAAGUACCUUCGCGAGCAGCUGCGGUAUGCAGGGUGGGGGGUGGACAUGGUGGGAAGUCUGGCGAAUGGGACGAUGAAGGAUAAUCAAAACGAAGGCCAUUUUGGCGACACAAUCGACCAUAUCGCCGAGGCGGCGGUCAACUCUACACGGCUGCAGCCCAAUGUCAUCCUAAUCAAGUAUUCAAACCUCCUCUCCCUCACUUCUUCUAGUGCUUACACGUGCGGCAGCGCCGGCACAAAUGACUGCUUCCAGAAUAUCGAGAUCAACGACGCCGACACUCGUCUCGAUGCCCUAAUCACGCACCUCUUCGCCUCGAUCCCCAACACCACGAUCAUCCUCUCUACCCUGCUCCCCAACGAGUUCGCUUCGCGCGCCGUGCGACGCGUGAGCCAAGAAUAUCGAAACCUCGUCGCGCGGCGACGAUCACGUGGCGACCGACUGGUCCUGGCAGAGAUGAGCUACUUUAUCACGAACGACCAGCUCGUCGACGGAACACACCCGAGCGAUACCGGGUACAAAAUGAUGGCGGCUGUCUGGUGGUCUGCAAUCCAAACGGCCGAGAAGGAGGGGAAACUGAGCGCACCGAACAUCGUGACGAAGAGCGUGCUAAAGGAUCUGGUGGGGAUAAAUGGGACCGCGCAGACCGAGGGAAAAGGACUGGAUGACGGGCCCGUUGAAGAUCCGCAGUUGCCCGAGUAUAACGCCCCGGGGCAGCCUGGGGGAAGCGGUGGCGAGGGGGGUGCGGUGGCGCUGGGAUCUGGGCUACGAGUCAAGCUGGGAUUGGGCAUGGUAGGGCUAUGGAUUGUUUGUGAGUUUUUCUGAUCCGCUGGAUUGAAUCUCAGGGGCGCCAGCUGCCCUUGACAGUGACGGGUCUGCUAGAAUAAGGUGCGCAUACCUACUCUAAUACCCUGCACCUACAUGUACAGGGCAAGGCGGACAAACACCGGGAUGACCUAUGACUUGCAUAAAGAAAAAUAUAGAUGAAUGGACGGAAUGCACAAAUAUGAAUUAAGUUCAAUGCCAGCAAGGCCAUCCAUGCAAUGCAAUGCAAUAUGAUAGUAUAU